UGUGUGUGCAGAUUGGGGGAGAUCCGCCGGCGAAAUCUGGGGAGGGGGCGUGAGGCAGAAAGGAGAGAAAGCCGCGCUGAACAAUAGAGAGAGAGACAGAGAGAGAGAAGAGGGCUGGGCACGGAGGGAGCCCCUGCUGCUGGCUGCUGCGUGGGGUGUGGAUGUGCAGACGCCUUUGGGGGAGAAGAAGAGGAAGAAGGCGGCGAAGAAGAAGAAGCAGACAGUCCCCCUUCCCCAGGGCUGUCAGCGGCGAGAGACAGCCUGGCAAGGAUGGGGCACGCCAAGGCUGGCUGCUGAGGGCUCUUCCAUCCCUCUUUCCCUCCCUCCCUCCUUCCUCUCCUCCUUCCUCUCCUCUUCCCCCCACACACGCCCUCCUUGCCUGCUUGUGGCGUGUGUCUCUCCUCCUCCCUCCUCCCCAACUCGCUGGAUAUUAUUACUACUACCCACCCAGCCCUCGCCGCCGCCUCCGUUGCUGUCGCGGCUUCCUCCUCCUCCUCCGCCGCCUUCUCCUCCGCCUUGGCUGCUGAGCGCCCUCCUUGCUCCCUCCGGAGCCCCCCAGCCAUGAACCCGGCCGCCGAGGGCUCCGCGGAGGAAGGGGCCGUGCCCGACUCGGAGGUGGACGCCUUUUUCCGGACAGGUUCUUUCCGAAAUGAUGGCUUAAAAGCUGCAGAUGUCCUUCCCAUACUAAAGGAAAAAGUUGCCUUUGUCUCAGGUGGCCGUGAUAAACGAGGCGGUCCCAUCUUGACAUUUCCAGCACGCAGCAAUCAUGACAGAAUAAGGCAGGAAGACCUUCGGAAACUUGUGACUUACUUGGCUAGUGUACCGAGCGAAGAUGUCUGCAAACGAGGGUUCACCGUCAUCAUUGAUAUGAGAGGGUCUAAAUGGGACCUGAUCAAGCCUCUCUUGAAAACUCUUCAGGAAGCUUUCCCUGCAGAAAUCCAUGUUGCCCUGAUAAUCAAGCCUGAUAACUUCUGGCAGAAGCAGAAGACAAAUUUUGGAAGUUCAAAAUUUAUCUUCGAGACAAGCAUGGUCUCUGUGGAAGGCCUAGCAAAAUUGGUGGAUCCCUCCCAACUCACCGAAGAGUUUGAAGGAACUUUGGAUUACAAUCAUGAUGAAUGGAUAGAGCUGAGAGUCUCCUUGGAAGAGUUUUUUAACAGUGCGAUCCAUUUGUUAUCCAGAUUAGAGGACCUUCAGGAAAUGUUGGCUCGGAAAGAGUUUCCAGUGGAUGUGGAGGGCUCAAGAAGACUCAUAGAUGAACACACACAGCUCAAGAAGAAAGUAAUUAAAGCUCCAGUAGAAGAAUUAGAUCGUGAAGGUCAGAGGUUGUUACAGUGCAUAAGGUGCAGUGAUGGCUUUUCUGGUAGGAACUGCAUUCCCGGCAGUGCAGAUUUCCAAAGUCUUGUGCCAAAGAUCACCAGCCUUUUGGACAAGCUGCAUUCAACACGGCAACACUUGCAUCAGAUGUGGCAUGUCCGGAAAUUGAAACUGGACCAAUGCUUUCAACUUCGCCUUUUUGAGCAGGAUGCAGAAAAGAUGUUUGACUGGAUCAGCCACAAUAAAGAGUUGUUUCUGCAGAGUCACACUGAAAUUGGGGUGAGCUACCAACAUGCCCUAGAUUUACAGACGCAGCAUAACCACUUUGCUAUGAAUUCCAUGAAUGCCUAUGUGAAUAUAAAUCGCAUCAUGUCGGUCGCAUCAAGGCUUUCAGAGGCUGGCCAUUAUGCUUCUCAGCAAAUUAAGCAGAUAUCUACACAGUUAGAUCAAGAGUGGAAAAGCUUUGCUGCAGCACUGGAUGAGCGCAGCACCAUCCUAGCCAUGUCUGCUGUCUUUCACCAGAAGGCUGAACAGUUCCUCUCUGGUGUGGAUGCCUGGUGCAAAAUGUGCAGUGAAGGAGGCCUCCCAUCAGAAAUGCAAGACCUGGAACUAGCCAUCCAUCAUCAUCAAUCCCUUUAUGAACAAGUCACUCAGGCUUACACGGAGGUGAGUCAAGAUGGAAAGGCUUUGCUGGAUGUCCUACAACGUCCCUUGAGUCCUGGGAACUCAGAAUCUCUCACUGCCACAGCUAAUUAUUCCAAGGCUGUUCACCAAGUUUUGGAUGUGGUCCAUGAGGUUUUACAUCACCAACGACGCCUAGAGAGCAUUUGGCAGCACAGGAAGGUUCGAUUACAUCAGAGGCUUCAACUUUGUGUUUUCCAGCAAGAUGUUCAACAGGUGCUGGACUGGAUUGAAAACCAUGGGGAGGCCUUUCUUAGUAAACACACUGGGGUCGGAAAAUCCCUUCAUAGGGCAAGAGCUCUUCAGAAAAGACAUGAUGAUUUUGAAGAAGUCGCACAGAAUACCUAUACUAAUGCUGACAAGCUACUGGAAGCUGCAGAGCAAUUGGCUCAGACUGGAGAGUGUGACCCUGAAGAGAUCUACAAAGCAGCGCGGCAUCUAGAAGUGAGGAUUCAGGAUUUUGUCAGAAGAGUAGAACAGAGGAAGCUGCUUUUGGACAUGUCUGUCUCCUUCCACACUCAUACUAAAGAGCUGUGGACAUGGAUGGAAGACCUGCAGAAGGAGCUCUUGGAAGAUGUCUGUGCUGACUCCGUGGACGCGGUUCAAGAGCUUAUUAAGCAGUUCCAGCAGCAGCAAACUGCGACCCUUGAUGCCACCCUCAAUGUAAUCAAGGAAGGUGAAGACCUCAUCCAGCAGCUCAGGGAUUCAGCAGUCUCCAACAAUAAAACACCGCACAAUAGCUCCAUCAGCCAUAUAGAAUCGGUCCUCCAGCAGCUUGAUGAAGCCCAAGUACAGAUGGAAGAACUCUUCCAUGAAAGGAAAAUUAAGCUAGACAUUUUCCUUCAGCUCCGGAUUUUUGAACAGUACACCAUUGAGGUGACAGCUGAAUUAGAUGCCUGGAAUGAGGACUUGCUAAGACAAAUGAAUGAUUUCAAUACUGAGGACUUGACUCUGGCAGAGCAACGUCUGCAGCGACACACAGAGAGGAAGUUGGCUAUGAACAACAUGACCUUUGAGGUCAUCCAGCAAGGGCAAGAUUUGCAUCAAUAUAUCAUGGAAGUCCAAGCUUCAGGCAUUGAACUAAUCUGUGAAAAGGACAUUGAUCUAGCAACACAAGUGCAAGAGCUACUGGAAUUCCUUCAUGAGAAGCAGCAUGAGCUGGAGCUCAAUGCUGAUCAGACACACAAGCGGUUGGAGCAGUGCCUUCAGCUCCGGCAUCUGCAGGCAGAGGUCAAGCAGGUCCUUGGCUGGAUUAGGAAUGGAGAAUCAAUGCUUAAUGCCAGCCUUGUCAAUGCAAGCUCCUUGUCAGAAGCUGAACAGCUCCAGAGAGAGCAUGAGCAAUUCCAGCUGGCCAUAGAGUCCCUCUUUCAUGCCACUUCCUUGCAGAAGACACACCAAAGUGCCCUCCAAGUACAACAGAAGGCAGAGGUGUUGCUGCAGGCUGGGCACUAUGAUGCCGAUGCCAUCAGGGAAUGUGCAGAGAAGGUGGCAUUGCACUGGCAGCAACUCAUGCUCAAGAUGGAAGACAGGCUGAAGCUGGUCAAUGCCUCCGUUGCCUUUUACAAAACAUCAGAGCAGGUCUGCAGUGUGUUGGAGAGCUUGGAACAGGAGUAUCGAAGGGAUGAAGACUGGUGUGGAGGUCGGGAUAAGCUUGGACCAGCAUCUGAAAUAGAUCAUGUUAUCCCCUUAAUCAGCAAACACCUGGAACAAAAGGAAGCCUUUCUCAAGGCCUGCACACUGGCACGAAGGAAUGCAGAAGUGUUUCUCAAGUACAUUCACCGAAACAACGUCAGCAUGCCUGGGGUAGUAAGCCAUACGAGGGGACCUGAGCAGCAAGUAAAAGCCAUUUUGAGUGAGCUUCUCCAGAGAGAAAACCGUGUUCUUCAUUUCUGGACCUUGAAGAAACGGCGAUUGGAUCAGUGCCAGCAGUAUGUGGUCUUUGAACGCAGUGCCAAACAGGCCUUAGACUGGAUUCAGGAAACAGGAGAGUAUUAUCUUUCUACUCACGACUCCACAGGAGAAUCUGCAGAAGAAACACAGGAACUUUUGAAAGAAUAUGGAGAAUUCAAAGUACCUGCCAAGCAAACCAAGGAGAAAGUGAAGCUUCUCAUUCAGCUGGCUGAUAGUUUUGUAGAGAAAGGACAUACUCAUGCUACUGAAAUCAGGAAAUGGGUUACCACCGUUGACAAAUGCUAUCGAGACUUUUCAACGAGGAUGGGGAAAUAUCGCUACUCUUUGGAGAAAGCUCUUGGAAUCAAUACAGAGGAUAACAAGGAUCUAGAAUUAGACAUCAUUCCAGCAAGUCUGUCAGAUCGUGAGGUAAAGCUACGGGAUGCCAAUCAUGAGGCUAAUGAAGAGAAAAGGAAGUCAGCCAGAAAGAAAGAAUUCAUCAUGGCUGAACUGCUUCAAACAGAGAAGGCCUAUGUCAGGGAUUUGCACGAAUGUUUAGAGACCUAUCUUUGGGAAAUGACAAGCGGAGUUGAGGAGAUACCACCAGGGAUUCUUAACAAAGAGCACAUAAUAUUUGGCAACAUCCAGGAAAUCUACGACUUUCAUAAUAACAUUUUUCUGAAAGAACUAGAAAAAUAUGAACAGCUCCCUGAAGACGUGGGUCAUUGCUUUGUCACCUGGGCGGAUAAAUUUCAGAUGUAUGUUACCUACUGCAAAAACAAGCCUGACUCCAGCCAACUGAUCCUAGAGCAUGCGGGAACGUUCUUUGAUGAAAUUCAACAAAGGCACGGUCUGGCAAACUCUAUUUCCUCAUAUUUAAUCAAACCUGUCCAGAGGAUUACCAAGUAUCAACUUCUAUUGAAGGAACUUUUAACAUGCUGUGAAGAAGGGAAGGGAGAACUCAAGGAUGGUUUGGAAGUAAUGCUCAGUGUCCCUAAGAAAGCCAAUGAUGCCAUGCAUGUCAGCAUGCUGGAAGGAUUUGAUGAAAACUUGGAUGUUCAAGGAGAGCUGAUUCUUCAGGAUUCAUUCCAAGUAUGGGAUCCCAAGUCCCUCAUUCGAAAGGGCCGUGAAAGGCACUUGUUUCUCUUUGAAAUCUCUCUGGUUUUCAGCAAAGAGAUCAAAGAUUCUGCAGGACACACUAAAUAUGUUUACAAGAAUAGACUGCUGACCUCAGAACUGGGAGUGACUGAACAUGUGGAAGGAGAUCCUUGUAAAUUUGCCUUAUGGUCAGGACGAACUCCCUCUUCAGAUAACAAAACAGUGCUGAAAGCAUCCAGUAUUGAAACAAAACAAGAAUGGAUAAAAAAUAUUCGAGAAGUGAUACAGGAAAGGAUGAUCCACUUAAAAGGAGCUUUGAAAGAGCCAAUACAGCUCCCUAAAACCCCAGUGAAGCAAAGAAACAACAGUAAGAGCAGAGAGGGAGGAGAGGAUGCUGACAGCCAAGGAGAUGGAAGCAGCCAGCCUGAUACAAUUUCAAUUGCAUCCAGGACUUCUCAGAAUACAGUGGACAGUGACAAGUUGUCUGGAGGAUGUGAACUAACUGUGGUACUACAAGACUUUCUGGCCAGCCAUAGCAGUGAGCUGAGUAUUCAAGUGGGACAAACUGUGGAGUUACUAGAAAGGCCAAGUGAAAGACCAGGCUGGUGUUUGGUACGGACAACAGAGCGAAGUCCACCUCUGGAAGGCCUGGUCCCUAGCAGUGCCCUUUGCAUUUCCCAUUCCCGAAGCAGCGUGGAGAUGGAUUGCUUUUUCCCUUCAGGAAAAGAUUCCUAUUCAGGCUCCUCCAAUGAAAACGGUGGAAAAUCAGAUUCGGUGGCCAAUUUGCAGCCUCAUUCAUCCCUCAAUUCCAUCCAGAGUUCUCCAGGUCCAAAGCGCUCAACCAACACACUGAAAAAGUGGCUAACAAGCCCAGUCCGCCGAUUGAACAGUGGGAAGGCAGAGAGUAACAUCAAAAAGCAGAAGAAAGUACGUGAAGGAAGGAAGAGCUUUGACCUGGGAUCUCCCAAGCCGGGAGAUGAAACUACACCUCAGGGAGACAGUGCAGAUGAGAAGAGCAAGAGAGGUUGGGGCGAAGAUGAACCAGAUGAAGAAUCUCAUACACCACUCCCUCCACCAAUGAAGAUUUUUGAUAAUGACCCUACUCAAGAUGAAAUGUCCUCCUCUUUGCUAGCUUCUCGACAAAGCACCUCUGAUGUCCCAACUGCUGCGGAUCUUGUCAGUGCAAUAGAAAAACUGGUCAAAAGCAAGCUGACUUUAGAAGGAGGCUCCUACCGAGGAACCUUGAAAGACACCACUGGAUGCUUGAAUGAAAAUGUGACACCUUCAACUCCUCCUUCAAGAAACCUUGAAGAGGAACAAAAAGCCAAAGCUAUGAGAGGCAGGAUGUUUGUUCUAAAUGAACUAGUGCAGACAGAGAAAGAUUACGUCAAAGACUUAGGAAUUGUGGUGGAGGGAUUUAUGAAAAGAAUAGAAGAAAAAGGUGUUCCUGAUGACAUGAAAGGAAAAGACAAGAUUGUAUUUGGAAACAUUCACCAGAUAUAUGACUGGCACAAAGAUUUUUUUCUUGCUGAACUGGAAAAGUGCCUUCAGGAACAUGAUCGUUUAGCACAGCUCUUCAUCAAACACGAGAGGCGAUUACACAUGUAUGUGGUGUACUGUCAAAACAAACCAAAAUCUGAAUAUAUCGUAGCAGAAUGUGGAGUGUAUUUUGAGGAGAUACAGCAAGAAAUAAACCAGCGGCUAACUCUUAGUGACUUCUUAAUAAAACCCAUUCAAAGAAUAACCAAGUACCAGCUGCUACUCAAGGACUUUCUGAAAUACAGUGAAAAGGCUGGAUUGGAGUGUUCAGAAAUAGAGAAAGCUGUUGACUUGAUGUGCCUUGUUCCUAAACGCUGCAAUGACAUGAUGAACCUGGGCCGUCUUCAGGGCUUUGAGGGCAAACUGGCAGCCCAAGGGAAGUUAUUGCAGCAGGAUACUUUCUAUGUAACAGAACAGGAUUCUGGAGGGCUAUCUCGACCAAAGGAGCGCAGAGUUUUCCUCUUUGAGCAAAUAGUCAUCUUUAGUGAACUACUUAGGAAAGGCUCUCUUACUCCUGGGUACCUAUUUAAACGAAGCAUAAAGAUGACAUACCUAAUCCUUGAAGAAAAUGUGGACAAUGAUCCUUGCAAAUUUGCUCUCAUGAGUCGAGAAACAUCAGAAAGGCUCGUCUUGCAGGCAGCCAAUCCUGAAAUCCAGCAAGCUUGGGUGCAGGACAUCAAUCAAGUGUUGGACACACAGAGGGACUUCUUAAAUGCACUACAGUCUCCUAUAGAGUAUCAACGCAAAGAAAGCAGUUCAGCUGUCAUGAGACCACAGGCCAGCAGGGUACCCCAGCCCAUCACCAGACCCUAUUCCUCAGGUCCUGUUGGGUCUGAUAAACCUUUGAAGGCAACCAUGCGUAACCCAUCUCUUCCACCUCUGAAGAUAUCUACCUCCAAUGGCAGCACCGGACAUGAGCAACAUCAGAUUGGGGAAAAAUAUGAACAAAGCAAGAAUGACUUGGGUGGUUGCAAUGGGACCUCUUCUAUGGUGGUCAUCAGAGAUUACUAUGCACUGAAAGAGAAUGAAAUCUGUGUCAACCAGGGUGAGGUGGUCCAAGUACUUGCCAUUAACCAGCAGAACAUGUUCCUUGUGUACCAGCCUGCCAAUGACCAUUCACCAGCAGCAGAAGGAUGGAUCCCAGGGAAUAUCUUGGCUCCCCUCACUAAAUCAGCUACAGAUAAUAGCGACGGAAGCAUAAAGAAGUCAUGUUCAUGGCAUACUCUGCGCAUGAGAAAGCGGGCGGAAAAGGAAAACAGUGGCAAAACUGAAGCCAAUGGCCUACGUAAACCCAAGGAUAUUCUGGGCAACAAAGUCUCUGUUAAAGAGACAAACAGUUCAGAGGAGUCUGAAUGUGAUGACCUUGACCCCAACACUAGCAUGGAGAUCAUCAACCCAAACUUCAUCCAAGAAGUUGCCCCAGAGUUUCUCAUGCCCUUAGUGGAUAUUACUUGCUUGCUUGGAGACACUGUCAUGCUUCAGUGCAAAGUCUGUGGACGACCAAAACCAACCAUAACCUGGAAAGGACCUGAUCAAAACCUUCUGGACAACGACAACAGUACAGCUGCCUAUACAGUUACUUCAUGUGAUUCAGGUGAAAUAACUCUGAAGAUCUGUAACCUGAUGCCUCAAGACAGUGGUAUUUACACCUGUGUGGCAACAAAUGAACUGGGAUCAGCAUCCACCUCAGCCACAAUCAAAGUGCAAGGUGUCCCUGCAGCCCCAAAUCGACCUAUUGCUCAGGAAAGGAGCUGCACCUCCGUCAUUCUUCGUUGGCUGCCUCCAUCCAGUACAGGGAACUGCACUAUUUCAGGUUACACAGUGGAGUACAGAGAAGAAGGGUCACAGGUCUGGCAGCAGUCGGUUGCCUCCACCUUGGACACCUACCUCGUCAUUGAAGACCUCACUCCUGGCUGUUCCUAUCAGUUUCGAGUCAGUGCCAGCAACCCCUGGGGAAUUAGCUUACCCAGUGAGGCUUCUGAAUUCGCAAAACUUCCAGAAUAUGAUGCUGCAGCUGAUGGAGCCACCAUUACCUGGAAAGAAAACUUUGAUUUUGCCUAUACAGAGCUGAAUGAGAUUGGAAGGGGCCGAUUUGCUGUUGUCAAGAAAUGUGUCCACAAAGCCACUAGGAAGGAUGUUGCGGUGAAGUUCAUCAAUAAAAAAAUGAAGAAGAAGGAGCAGGCAGCCCACGAGGCAGCCAUCCUGCAACAUUUACAACAUCCUCAGUAUAUCACCAUUCAUGACACUUAUGAAUCGCCUUCUUCCUAUAUCUUAGUUUUAGAACUAAUGGAUGACGGCCGUCUUCUGGACUACCUGAUGAAUCAUGAUGAACUGAUGGAAGACAAAGUAGCUUUUUACAUAAGAGACACAAUGGAGGCCUUACAGUACCUUCACAACUGCAGAGUUGCUCAUUUGGAUAUAAAGCCAGAAAAUCUGCUCAUUGACUUGCGGAUCCCAGUGCCUCGCGUUAAGAUAAUAGACCUUGAAGAUGCUGUCCAAAUCACAGGACAUUACCACAUCCACCAUCUCCUUGGAAACCCUGAGUUUGCUGCUCCCGAAGUUCUCCAAGGUGCUCCGGUUUCACUCGGCACCGACAUCUGGAGCCUGGGUGUCCUCACCUAUGUCAUGCUGAGUGGGGUCUCUCCCUUUUUGGAUGAAAGCAGGGAGGAGACAUGCAUCAACGUGUGCCGGGUGGAUUUCAGCUUUCCCAAUGAGUAUUUCUGCGACGUAAGCCAUGCUGCCAGAGAUUUCAUCACUGUCAUCCUUCAGGAAGACUUUAGGAGGAGGCCAACAGCUGCCACUUGCUUGCAGCAUCCGUGGUUGCAGUUUCACAAUGGCAGCUAUUCCAAAAUCCCUCUGGAUACCUCACGUCUAGCCAGUUUUAUUGAACGCCGCAAGCACCAGUUUGAUGUGCGCCCAAUUCCCAAUGUUAAGAGCUUCAUAAUGAGCAGGAUGAACUCAGGAACGUAAUGCAAUAGAAGAACUCUGACUUGGCACUGAGGAGCUAUUGGGUGUGAAGAGAGAGAAAGCAGAAUCUCUCUUUUACUGUCUGUAUAAAGUAUUAUAUUUGAUGUGGUGUCUGAAAGAGUAUAUGAACUGUUCCAGCGGCUUCAUGAUCUAACUAGGUAGCAUUAGAUGCUUUCAGAAGUUGCUCAUGCAACUUGGUGGGUGGCUUUCUCGUGUAAUGAUGUGGCUAUUUUACAUUCCGAUGAAUGUUACAAAGGAUGUUGGUGGAGAAUGGGAACCAAAAUACAGUUGCCUUAGUUUUGAAAGGCAGCUUUCUAAAAGGCCCAGGCAGUCUUACCAAUUCAAUUACUAUUGAAAUUAUAUAUUUGAAAGAUGUUAGAAAGCAAGUCUGACUUUCUGCAGUUAGAAUUUUGUGAAAAACAAACUGGACCAAACAGGUUUCAGAUCUUAUACAAACUGCUCAAACCGUUCUUCAGAUCUAUCCUUCAUUCUAAACUUCACUCAUCUUAAAUAAGAAUUGUGUCAGGAUAACUGUUUUAUGGCACCCAACCCUCGUGAUGCAAGCUUUGCCAAUGAUACAGCAGAUAAAUUGUGUUGAUCAAGACCAUAGUAGACCUUUGCCAAUAAGACCUUUCUGAAUUUUACAGCAUUCUCUUGUUAUAAAUAUAACAUACUAUAAAAUGCUACCACAGAGGUGAUAAAUACAAUGAAACAACAAUAUAUAUAGACAAAGCACAAUGUGACAAUUUUAAAUAAUUUUUAUAGCUCUUGUACAGAAAGCCUUUUGCAAAAACUGUGCACCAAGAAAAAAAAACUAUGUUAAAAUAAUUGCUGGUAUCUGUAAAGUAGAUGUGAAAGACUUUUUCUAUUGCAGGGUGUUUCUUGAAUUCUCAUAGUCUAUAAAAAGAGAAGGAACUCAUUCCUUUUCUAGUUUUAAAACUUGUGAAAUCAAUCCAAAAUUGGCCAAAGUGUGGUAAGUAUAGUGAGUCCAUUUUUAUGUUUGUGGUUGCAUAACUGGUAUCUUACUAUAUGUGUACAUAAUGUCCAUCUUCUUAGCCCCAGCAUCCCAGCAUCUAUCCUGUUAUUUUCAUUCACUCCCCUGUUUUGAUAUGACAUUCCAGAAAAUUAUUGAUAAUAUUAAAAGUAAUCACAGUUGCAGUUUCUAAACUAAAUGGUUUUGGAAUAAUACUUCCAAAUUAUAAUUAUCUCUUAUUAUCGCUGUAGACACUAGUCCAACUUUUUAAUACUAAGAGGAUUUGGCAUCAAGAUAUAUUAAUUCUUUAGAAGUUGAAUUAGCCAAAACUUUGUGUCUGACUUUUUUCUCUCCUCUUGAGCAACAAAUGCUCUAUAAACGGUAAGGUGUGGUGAUAGAGCAAGUCACAAGCAAUGGCAGGGUGAUUUAUUCUUCUUUAGUGUGGAGAAAGGUUUCCUAUCACGAUUGGUAUGUUGGGAUUGAUCCUGUGGGGUGCAAGUUGUCAGUAGUUGUGCCACAUUCUUUUGCCUCAAAUAGCCCCCCCCCCCCCCUCGAGUGCUACUUCUGGUUCCUGUUGGAGUUUGACGUAAAACCUAUACAAACAUCCUUUUCUACACAGCAAAGUCUUGAUGGGUGGAAUGCAGUUGUGUCAUCUGGGUACUGUUCAAACAGGACUGAUGAUUCCUGGUUUGUACUUAUAGGGGAAAAAAGCUAUUUUAUAUGUGAUCGUACUAAAUCAAGAAAUUCAGUUAAAGCAACAACAUUGGACUGAAAACAGAUGACCAAUUAUCUAGUGGUAAAUGACCUAAUAUCAAAUUACAAGCCACUGGUCUGCAUUGCUCUGCCAUAUUAUAAAGAAAAUAUUAUACUUCCAUGCUUUCCAAAUAUGGGAGAGGCAGGGGAGGAAUAAGUGUUCUGCAUAACUUGGCAGAACAAAAAACUAUUACUGGUUUGCCAACUGGUUGUAUGUGACACUUUGGUAAAACAGUGCUUGAUAAUUAAUUGUUUGCAUCCAAGCCACUGGUGGUAAGACAAGGGCUCUUCUCCUGAUCCUGAAAUGCAGAGUAGAGUUUGGGGAGUAGGACUUCCAGAGCAUUCCCCUCUGACAGCUUGACCACUGACUGUAAUGACUGGAGUUACAAUCUAGAAAAGUAACUUUUCCAAGCUCUGACUAACACUAAACAUUAAAAGUUUGAGAGAUAUUGUAGUAUUGUUUCUACUACACCACUUGUCUGACAAACAAGAAGGAUAGUGAAGUCAGCUUUCAAAUCUGAUUAUAUGCUGCUCUCCAUCAGUUAAAUUAUAGGGCUAUUCUAUUUCUCUCUCAUUGCUUGUUUAUGUAGGAAUACCUUCCUGAGCAUAUCUCAGCAUCUACAAUCUGUCCUACUUUGGGGUGUGUGUGUGUGUGCUCUUUAAACUAUAAACAAGAAGGGCAAGGUGCACAGGAAACGUAUCUUAUAAGCUUCAAAAAGCCAUAGUAAACUGAACAAAUUAAGAUUUUAUGGCUAAUAAAUGAAGCCAAACAAACAAAAUAUAAAUGAUUAAGUUCAAUUGUCACAAUUUUGGUCCAAUGAACCAUAUAUUGUUCAAGCUUCUGUGUUUGAUAUCCUGGUUUGUAGGCAAGUCUGAAUCAAAGUUAUUCAGUGUGGAUGUCAUGAAAAUAUGUGCUUUAAGAAACCAGAGAAUCUUCAUAGGAAGGCAAAAAGUGUUGGCUCAUUGACACUAGAUUGUCCCUGAUUUAUUGGACUAGGAUUGCUACACCAAACUCCAUCUUUUCAGGGGCAGUGUUCUCUAUUUUUUGUGGCAAAGCUAACAUUUUAUGGUGUUUCUUGGAGGCUUCCUCUUUAUUUUCUGACUGGCUGCCUCUCUCCUAAGCCUAGUGGCACUUCAAAUGAGGGUAUAUCUGUCUUGAAUGAGCAUAUAUUUCUCUUUUAAAAGGGUUUUUCUAAUUAAAAUAAAUAAGUUCCCCUUUACAACUUGAUUUGUAUAGUAAAUGAGCCUUUUAAAAUUAUGUGAGCAGCAAGUGUAUUAAAUACAUUGCUUGAGGGUUUUCCCCUCUUCUGUCCAAGACAACAAAUAAGAAUGCAAUGAGGGAGAAAUGAUAGGAAAGAGCAUUGAUUUGAGAUUCACUGAAUAGCAAAUAUGGAUUUAAAAACACAGUGCCUUUCCACAGAAAAAUGAAAAUGAAGUUCUUUGCCCAAUCAUCAUUUUUCCCCCAUGCGAUAUAUCAAUUUUCUCAAAUAGUGCUAUUUCAUGAUUUUUUAAAAACAUAAAUCUUGCUAUUUUAUAACCCAUCAAUGUCACAUAAAGGAAUAUAGGAUAUGAUCAACUCCUUAGGUUCUUUUUAGCUGUCACAAUUUUCUUAAGAUACUGACAAUCAUCCAUAGGUAGGUCAUGUGAGCUCAGGUUAAACAAGGGCAAAUAUUCGGCUAAAGUCUGUUGCUGAGUCUGAAUCCCACUUAAGUUUCAUGGAUUUCAAUGAAUCAUCAACUUUGAUGCUGUUCAUAUUUACUGUGGGGUAAGCACUUAAUUUCAGAAUAUACAUUUGGAGCAAUGUCGGAUGUCUCCAACAUCUGAAUCACGUGUAAUGUAACAUAGAAAAACUAGCACUCAUUUGCAGACAUUGCUUUAUAACCAAGUACUGCUAUAUACAGAAUCAUUCUCAAAAAAAAUCUUAGUGCCAUUUAAUUGAUAACUUUGAUUUCUUCCCAUUCAGUUGUACAGAAUGGGCUCUGACUUAUCACCCCUUCUGAUCUUUUAUGACCCAAUAGACAGUGGUGCUUUCCUAAGAGAAUAUUCUUCUCCUCUCCCCCAGCAAGACCAUGCAACUGCCAUCAAACAUUAAAUAGCUGUUCAGGAAUUGUUAUUCUAGUGACUGUUGUAUUUUAUCGGCUCAUGCUCUAAAACAAUCUUCGGGUCUACUUGAGCCAUAUCUUACCUUCAUGCCCUGCUUUUCAAUGCUGGUGCUUUCCAUUCUUUCCGCUCCGUCUGCUUUUCCUGACAUGUCACUCUGCAGUGUUGAUCUUCCACUGCAAAUAAAGUCUGACAUGCAAAUGGCACAGCAGGCAAUUAAGAAUGUAUCUCUUAGGUUGCAGUGCUAUGCAUGGGAGUCAGUUCCACUGGGCUUGAGGCAUCCUAGGUAGAAUUGCAGUUUGCCAUCCCUGUCCAAGUGAAACUCAUUGAACUUGUGCUUUCUUCUGCAUUGACAUAUUGAGGAUUAAAACCUUUUCAGCUAUCAUUGUGGAUAGUGGUGACAGGGGCUGCAUUAUUAGGAUGGAGAAUCUGGGCUCUCCUUUCCUGUAGACAUUGAAGUAGAAGCUGGAGAGCCAUCUGCCAGGUUCCUGCUCUCAGCAGAAGGUUGGAUCCCAGGCCUCCACAAUCCCUUCCAACCCUAAAAUUCAAAGAGCUUAUACUUUUCCAAGGUGCAAACUAAUUCCACAGCCUUAAUAUUUUCAGUCUUUUGCUAGUCUGCCUUAAGUAUUUUCUCAUUAUUUUACUGAUUUUGUCUUGUACGCACAUGUGUUUUCUACAGACAUUUUGUAAAUAUUUUACUUAUACUUCUGAAUCUUCAUUUGUGAUGUUGUAAAGUGAUUAUCUGCUCUCACAUGUUCUUAUUUUUCAGCAAUAUAUGUUAUGUACAGAUGAUAAAAUCUACAUUUUAGGUGACUGCCUUCCGUACAAAUACAAUAUACAAAAGAAUGAGCAA